GCGGGUCUGUUCCGACGUUCCCAGCUCAUCGCGAGGAGCUUUUUCUCAGCGGCCCCUUGAAUUGCUUGCUUCUUCUGCUUCGUAGAACGUCACAGUUUGAUGUGAAAUUAAAGCCUUGAUCGCUAUAAUGGUAAAGAGGAGAACAAAAGGAAAAAAUGUACCUGCAGAUGUCUUACCAGAUGUACAGGGACCAGUAUGCAAGCACCUUCGCAAAGGAUUGGAACAAGGUUAUCUGAGAAAAGUGUUGCAGGCUGUGGACUUGAACUCCUGCCAGGAUUGCCGGAUAGAUGACAAUGAGACACAUGAAAAAUCUGACGAGAGGGCAGAAGACAAACCAUCAAUAUGGUUAUGUUUAAAAUGUGGCCAUAGGGGCUGUGGCAGAAAUUGUCAAGAGCAACAUGCCCUAAAACACUAUGAAACACCAAGAUCAGAACCUCACUGUUUGGUUCUUAAUGUGGAAAACUGGUGCGUCUGGUGCUACUUGUGUGAUGAUGAAAUCCAGUACAAUUCUUCUACUCGACUGGGCCAGUUUGUGGAUUAUAUUAGAAAACAAACUUGUGCGAACAUUCCAGUUACAGCUUCCAGAAAUGAAGAAAACAAACCAUUGGAAAAUAAAAAACUUAAAGACCAUAAAAAUGAGGAAGAGAAGGAGAAGACGGAGAUCUUGGUCAAAGACAAUAAAAACCAAUUAAAUGGCAGUUCAGAAAUAACUGUGAAAGGUCUCAGCAACCUGGGAAAUACAUGUUUUUUUAAUGCUGUUUUGCAGAACCUAUCACAGACAUCAGUUCUGAGAGAGUUGCUGAAAGAAGUAAAAAUGCCUGACUCAACAAUUAUACUUAAGCCACCAGAAUUCUCAAUAACGGAACCUUUGAUAGUAAUGCUUGAUCCACCAAGACCUCUAACACUAGCGAUGUGCCAGUUUUUGGCAGAAAUGCAAGAGACAAAAAAAGGAACUGUGACCCCUAGAGAACUUUUCUCUCAGGUUUGUAAAAAAGCAACACGAUUCAAAGGGUAUCAGCAGCAGGACAGCCAGGAGUUGCUUCGGUAUCUAUUAGAUGGGAUGAGAACUGAAGAAAUCCAGAGAAUGAGUGCUGCAAUUUUUAGCGCACUAAAUAAUUCUGACAAAGAAAAUGAAGAGUUGAAAAAAGAAGUUAAAGAAUAUGAAAAGAAAAAACUAAUGCAUAAUUUUGUGGACCGCACAUUUGGUGGAGAAUUAACAAGUACAAUCAUGUGUGAAGAGUGCCAAACAGUUUCUUUGGUACAUGAACCAUUCCUUGAUUUAUCACUCCCUGUCUUAAAUGAUCAGAGUGUCAAGAAAAAAACAAAUGAAAAUAAUGUUAAAAAAAUAAAGGAAAAAGAAAUAGACAGUUAUGAAGAAAACAUAGAAAAUGAAUGUUAUGUGAAAGAAAGAGAUGAAAUUCCUGGUACAAGUAAGCAUCUACAGAAGAAGGCAAAGAAAAUGGCCAGAAAGCAAGCAAAGAAUCAACGCCAUCAGCAGAAAUUUCAGGAAAAAGUUAUUCAUCUAACAGAUAGUGCUGUCACUGAAAAAACUGAAGCUGAUCAUGAUUGCAAUGAACAAAUAAUAGAAAGUAACUCUGAGAUAACUUGUUUGAAACUAGGAGAGGAAGAGUCAUUAAAUGCAAGUGAAGAGCACUGUGCGGAUAAAAAAUGUAUAAAUGCGCAAGAAAGCACAAUUCAAGUACAGAUUGCAGGAAAACACAGUGAAAAUGCAGACAGUUGCGACCAAGAAGCAAACAAUGAAGUCACUUUGGGUGUUUCUGCAAAAGACUUUGUUCCCUCUAUACAAUGUGCCAAUAAAUUUGAUGAUCUGACUCUUAAGGAGGAUAAGGAUGAGGAAGAUGAGGAUAUUAUCAGUGACUUCAGCAAAUUAUUCCUGGAGGAAGAACCUGGUGAUGAUACAGAUAGUUUGAAUGAAUUUUAUGAUUUUGAAACACAAAUAUAUGAAGUAGUAAAUGAAGAUCCAGAAACCGCAUUUUGUACUCUUGCAGACAGGGAUACUAUGAACAUAGAAGAAAAUUCAAUUCUUCAUUGUUUGUAUCAGUUUACUCAUAUUGAGAAACUUUGUGAGAAGAACAAACUGCUUUGUGAAGUCUGCGCGCACAACCAACUUUGUGGAAUGAAGACUAAUGGAAUAAAUGCCAAAAAAUAUGUAUAUACAAAUGCCAAAAAACAAAUGCUUAUUUCUCUCGCUCCUCCAAUUUUAACCCUUCAUUUAAAAAGAUUUCAACAGGCUGGAUAUAAUCUCCAAAAAGUAAACAAGCACAUAACAUUUCCUGAAGUUAUAGAUUUGGCUCCUUUCUGCUCAAUUAAGUGCAAGAGUAUGAGAGAGGGGACUUCAGAAGUAUUGUACUCCUUAUAUGGUAUUGUGGAACAUAGUGGCACUAUGAGAUCUGGUCAUUACACUGCUUACGUGAAGACAAGAACUGCUACCAGCCAACUUUCUGAUCUUGUACAUGGCAAGAUUCAACAACCUUCAAAAUCUGAGUCACCCAGAAGACAGUGGUUUCAUGUAAGUGACACUCAUGUGCAAGCAGUAUCCAUAUCUAGGGUCCUGAAGUCACAAGCAUAUCUUCUCUUCUACGAAAGAAUAUUGUAAAUUGGAAGAAUUCCAACCAAGGAAAGCUUCACCAAACUUUAUCAUAUUCAGUUUAUUUUCUUGAAUCCAAAUUUAAACAUAACUUUUUCCUUUUAAAUAAAUAUAUAUGUAAAUGUAGCUCUGUUUGAUUAAUACCUCACCUGAUGCACUGAAUUUGUAUGAUAAGAGGGUAUGUUCCUUGAUCUAUGAACUCAGAUCUUUAUCGUAAACUUUUUUUU